AUGAGAGGAGAAUCUUCCAAUAGUAUUGUUCAAGAGAAAUGUGAAGAAGAGGACCUUGAUGAAAUAGAGAAAGAAUUGUUUGGAGAAGUAGUUAGUGCUCAGGUAUGUAAAGAACGACAAAAACCAGAGGUAUUGAAGAAGAUAGUUAAAAGAAGAUAUGGAGAUGUUCUUGAAUUGGAUGAGGAGGAAUAUGCCAAUACAAUAACUACAUUAGAGGAUGAUGUCUUUGCAGUGAUUCACAUUUAUACUACCUUUGUAAAAGACUGUACAUUAAUUAAUAGAAUGAUGGAAGAAUAUGCACAGAAAUAUCCCUUCGUAUGUUUUGCCAAAAUUACAUGGGAAGAUUCAAAUAAACCAUUUCCUGAAAAAUCACUUCCUGGCUUAUUAAUUUAUAAAGGAGAUUGUAUGGUCAAAUCCUUAUUUGGCUCUGAAGCAUUACCAUUCCUAAAAGAUAUCUUUCCUGGAUUACUAAAUUGA